AUGGAGGGUAUUCAGACUCACCCCGCUACUGCCGCGCAGGCCAUGGCCUUCACGGCCCCGGGUUCACUGUCGUUCCCUGGCGGUGCGCAUGAGCUCACUCCCCCUGCCAGCGACCCUGCCAAGCGACCUACCAACGGCCAACCUGCUGGUGCUGUCAAUGGUGCUGGAGUGACUCCCGCAACCCCGGCUGCCACUCCUGCUGCAACUCAAGGUGGUAGUGGUUUGACACCUACCCUUCAGAACAUUGUGGCUACUGUCAACUUGGACUGCCGCUUGGAUCUGAAGACCAUUGCUCUGCACGCCCGCAAUGCUGAGUACAACCCCAAGCGUUUCGCUGCCGUCAUUAUGCGUAUCCGUGAACCCAAGACCACCGCUCUUAUCUUUGCCUCUGGCAAGAUGGUCGUCACCGGUGCCAAGUCUGAGGACGACAGCAAGCUUGCUUCGCGCAAAUAUGCCCGAAUUAUCCAGAAGCUUGGCUUCAACGCCAAGUUCACUGAUUUCAAGAUUCAGAACAUUGUCGGCAGUUGCGACAUCAAGUUCCCCAUUCGUCUUGAAGGUUUGGCUUCGCGCCACCACAACUUCAGCUCCUACGAGCCUGAAUUGUUCCCCGGUCUCAUCUACCGCAUGAUCAAGCCCAAGGUCGUCUUGCUCAUCUUUGUUUCUGGCAAGAUCGUCCUGACGGGUGCCAAAGUCAGAGAGGAAAUUUACCAAGCCUUUGAGAUGAUGUACCCUGUCUUGCAAGAUUUCCGCAAGGUUUAG